AUGUUCGUAUCCGAUUUUGUAACGCUUAUUCUUUUUGUUUUUUCACAUGCCUUGGCUGCUAGUGCCCCAGUAAUCCUAAAGAAUCCCCUUGGUGCCGUUGCGGUGGCCGACUUCCCUAGUGGAGGACCGUUCACACUGGCCAGAGGUUAUGUCUACUUCUACAGUCACAAUGGUCAAGAAGUUCAGGUCCAUGUCGACAUGUCUGGCUUGCCCAAAGAGAAUGGUCCAUUUGUCUACCACAUUCACGAUAAUGCCAUUUCUAACGACGAUUGUGAGACUGCCGGUUUGCACUUCAACCCAUAUGGAGCCACCCCGGAUUGUGACAAUCAGGAAGACGAUUCCUGGUGCCAGGUUGGAGAUUUGUCUGGCAAACACGGCAAUAUUAACACCACAUGCUUCUCAACAAGCUUUGGUGAUCCAUACCUUUCUUUGGGUGAGUCUGUGUCCAACAUUGUAGGCAAAUCCGUGGUAUUCCACUAUGCGGACUUAACCAAGUUUGCUUGCGCCAGUAUCCAAUUGGCUGACGAGGAGCAGAUUGAACGAUUCAAUGAAUUGAAAUUGCACGAAAAGAAGAGUUACGAAGAUACGGAGUCGGUGUUGGCCCCAAGUAAUACGUCUGAAACUGCCACCGAGUCGAUUGAACUCGAUAGUGAUGAACAUGCCAAUGAUACCAACGACACCCAUGAAGUGAACGACAUGACGAAUGGCAACACCAACGACACGAACAGCAUUUGGAAUUCCACCAAGUUGGCAUAUGAGAGCUGCAGUUCCGAAGCACAGGCAGCCAGUGUUCAUAGAGGUGUGGGGAUGGUGAUCGGAGCCGUUAUUGGGGCGCUUCUCUAG